GACCGUUCCACUGCUCGCAACUGUCUACAGAACACAGGACAGAACAUGCUACUUCAUUCCAUUCUCUUCUGCUUGGUGCUCCAAUUUUCCGGGGUGCUGGCCCAGUUCGGCUUCUUUGAGCAGAUGUUCGGCGGCCACCAGCAGCAACAGCAGCGGCCGGCGGGUGGAAUGGGACAGUGGCAGGCACAUUCCGAAGCAGUGCCGUGCUCCAGCUACCUGUGUCCGGAUACACUCGUCUGCGUCAACCAGCCGGCGGAAUGUCCGUGUCCGGACGUCCAAGACGUCAAGUGUCUGAUUCCGGAUGCGCAGGAUGCGGGUGCUUCUACGGUGGUGUGUGUACGGGGCCGGGAGGAAUGCGAAGACGUGCAGAGAAAGUCUCGGAAGAUCUGAGCGUGCAUAGAGUAGAGCGUGUACCCUUCCAUAUCAUAUCACGCAAAGUU